AUGGCGUUCGGUGCAAGUGCACAUGUUAUUUUGCUCUCUCUAUGUGUCUUCGGCGCCCCAAGCCAUGCGAGCGACGUAGUUCGGCCGCGGGAUGCCGUCCCGUCAGGCUAUGUAGCUCUUCCAUACUACCCUGCGCCGCCGGGUGGUUGGACGAACGACUGGAGUGCUAGUUAUGCCAAAGCGAGGGCCUUGGUAGAGGAGAUGACACUUGCGGAAAAGACGAACAUCACUGCUGGCUCUGGUAUAUUUAUGGGUAAGAAUUACGGUAUUCCAUGCGUUGGAAACACAGGAAGCGCACUUCGGCUCGGCUUCCCGCAAUUGUGUCUCCAGGACUCUGCUCUCGGGGUGGCAUCGACUGACAAUGUCACCGCCUUCCCUGCCGGCAUCACGACCGGAGCGACCUGGGAUAAGUCGCUGAUAUACGAACGGGCUGUUGCUAUUGGCCAGGAGUUCCGCGGCAAGGGCGUCAACAUCUACCUUGGGCCUACGGUCGGGCCCCUUGGCCGGAAGCCACUUGGCGGACGAAACUGGGAAGGCUUUGGUGCCGACCCAGUACUCCAGGCCAUUGGCGGUGCUCUCACGGUCAAGGGCGUACAGGAACAAGGCGUCAUCGCAACUAUCAAGCACCUCGUUGGGAAUGAACAGGAGAUGUAUCGCAUGUACAACCCCUUGCAGUCCGGAUACAGCUCCAACCUCGAUGACCGGACGAUGCACGAGCUGUAUAUCUGGCCAUUUGCGGAGGGUGUUCGUGCGGGGGCAGCGUCUGUCAUGUCGGCAUAUAACGCCAUCAACGGCUCCGCCUGCUCACAGAACAGCUACCUACUGAACGGGCUUUUGAAGGACGAGCUGGGGUUUCAGGGGUUCGUCAUGUCAGACUGGCUCUCACACAUGUCUGGAGUUGCCUCGGCACUUGCUGGGCUUGACAUGGACAUGCCCGGAGAUACACAAGUCCCCCUCCUUGGUUCCAGCUACUGGAUGUACGAGCUCACCCGCUCUGUUCUGAACGGCUCCGUGCCCGUUGAUAGGUUGAACGACAUGGCCACCAGGAUCGUUGCCGCGUGGUACCAAACGGGUCAGGACAAGGAUUAUCCCCCUCCCAACUUCUCGUCCAACACUCACGAUCCGUAUGGGCUUCUUUACCCGGCAGCUCUCCUCUCUCCGACUGGACUCGUCAACCAAUAUGUCAAUGUCCAAGCUGACCACUAUAAGAUCGCUCGAAAGGUCGCACAGGAUGCUAUCACGCUCCUGAAGAACGAUGAUGACUUGCUCCCCCUGUCAAACUCGAGCUCUUUCAAGGUUUUCGGCACUGAUGCCCAGGUCAACCCAGAUGGACCGAAUGCCUGCGGCAAUCGAGCUUGCAACAAGGGGACCUUAGGAAUGGGCUGGGGCUCUGGUGUUGCCGAUUACCCCUAUAUGGACGGUCCGAUCGACGCCAUCAAGCGGCGGACACGCAAUGUCACGUACUAUGCAACGGAUACAUUUCCAUCAGUCUCCGCGCCUUCCCCUGACGAUGUAGCCAUAGUGUUCAUCUCGUCUGAUUCAGGAGAGAACAGCUUCACCGUGGAGGGGAACCAUGGCGAUAGGGAUGCCUCGAAGUUGGCGGCAUGGCAUAGCGGUGACACACUGGUGCAGAAAGCCGCGGCCAAGUACAGCAACGUUGUAGUCGUCGUCCACACGGUUGGGCCGCUCAUCCUCGAGAAAUGGAUAGAUUUGCCUUCCGUGAAGGCAGUCCUAUUCGCGCACCUCCCGGGCCAGGAAGCCGGCGAGUCAUUGACCAACGUCCUGUUUGGCGACGUCUCUCCCAGCGGCCAUCUGCCCUACUCGAUAACCAAGGCCGCAGGCGACCUACCCGACAGCGUCGCCAACUUGAAGGGAUUUGCCCUGGGACAGGUCCAGGAUACAUACACGGAAGGACUCUACAUCGAUUACCGCUACCUCAAUAAGAAAUCCAUCAAGCCUCGCUAUGCCUUUGGCCACGGCCUCAGCUAUACCAACUUCACCUUCACAAACGCCAGCAUAAGGCGCGUCACCCAGCUCGGCUCCACGCCACCGUCCCGGCCACCCAAGGGCCCGACGCCCUCGUACCCGACCGACAUCCCCGCAGCCUCGGAGGCCUACUACCCCGACGGCUUCAACGCCAUCUGGCGCUACCUAUACUCGUGGCUCUCCAAGGCCGACGCCGACGCGGCCACCGCCGCGGCAGCCAAGGGGAAACCCUACCCCUACCCUGACGGGUACGGCACCGAGCCCAAGGCGGGGCCGCCGGCGGGCGGCGGGCAGGGCGGCAACCCGGCGCUCUGGGACGUGGCGUACGAGGUGACGGUGACGGUGGGAAACGCGGGGGACCGGCGGGCGGGCAGGGCGGUGGCGCAGGCGUACGUGCAGUUCCCCGAGGGGAUCGCGUGGGACACGCCCGUCGUGCAGCUGCGGGACUUUGAGAAGACGGCCGAGCUCCGGCCCGGCGAGGCGGAGGCGGUGACGGUGCGGUUCACGAGGAAGGAUGUCAGCGUGUGGGAUACCACGACGCAGGACUGGGUGGUGCCGAGCCCCGAGGGGAGGUACAGGUUCUGGGUUGGGGGUGCGAGCGAUAGGUUGGAGGUGGCGUGUUACUCUGAUACGUUGACGUGCGAGGAGGGGUUGGAAAGCCUGGUGUGAUAUUGGAUUUUGGUGGGAUCUCUGUGUUGGCGUUUAAGCACCUAAUACCUAAUACCUAAUUCUGGAUUAUACCCCUGACAAUACCCCUGACAACAUCAUGGUCUUGGGCCGGGCUCAUGUUACUAGGCUUUGUGUCCUUCUUGCUAACUAACCUGAGUCACUUAUCGACGCCGGUGAUUGCGCGAGAAGCAUAGUCCGCAAUGCUGACAACAGACUCGAUAGAUAUGUGUAGGUAUAUAUAUAUACUCUUGGAUCUGGAUACCGAUGAAGUGACCAAUUCAUCACCACCGAG